AUGUUGUCAAUUGUGACGUGCGGUGGUAUUUAUUGUCCAUUAUCAUUUUAUGAUUCAGAAAAUGAUUUACAUUUGUUAUUACAAAAUAUUCAAAGUCAUCUUGUUCUUGUUCAUUGUUUGACAAAAACCAAGUUUGAUGGGAAUAUUAUUUCACUUGAUAUUGGCUCAAUAUUAACUAAUACGAUUACUGAAAAUAAUACAAAUAUAGACACAUUCCUAGACGUUGUUUUAACACCAAAGAAUAUUGCCUAUACAAUAUCUACUAGUGGAUCGGCAGAUGUACCAAAAUUAGUUGAAAUUCAACAUUAUAAUUUUAUUGGAUAUAUUCGCUCUCUUAUUUGCAUGAAUAUUCUUACAAACAAAGAUACAGUCUUACAAAUGUCAUGUGCUUCUAACAGUAUACAUAUACAAGAAAUCAUAGGUACACUUAUAGUUGGAUCUGCUGUUAUAAUGUUACAUCCGCGUGGUAAUAAAGACGUUACAUAUAUAUCAAAUGUAUUACAACAAAAACAAGUUUCAUGUAUGCAAACUAUUCCAGAACGUUUCGAUUCUGUGCUAAAAUUUCUACUGGAAUAUGAUUGUAUAAAAUUUAACACACUUCGCAACAUCAAUAUUAGAAAUAUUACCUCCACAAUUCAGUCAAUUAAAGAACUAUGCAGUAAUUUGUUCAACAAUGUUCACAUAUGGAAUUCAUAUAGUUCAACUGAAACAAUGGUUGACUUUUUAUAUCAUUUGAUCGAUUUAAAUGACAAAAAAAGCAUUUUUUCAAUUGGAUAUCCAUUUUCUAAUUACAAAUGUAUUAUUCUUGAUAAAUACCUACAGCCUAUAACAAUCGGACAGAUUGGUGAAUUAUUUGUAGGAAGCGUAGACAUCUUCACCGCUUAUCUUGAACGUAAUGAUUUAACAACAAAAGUAUUUAUUGAUAUUGAUAACGAAGUAUUCUAUCGAACAGGUGAUCUUGUUCGAAGGGAUAACAGAGGUCUUCUCUAUUAUAAAGGAAAAAAGAAUCGUCAAACUAAAUUUCAUGGACAUGAUGUUGAUCUUAAUGAAAUCGAACAAUGUUUACUUGAACACAUAUCUAUCUCUGCUUCUAUUGUCAUUAUAUUGGAUGAUAGUUGUUUAACUGCUUAUGUUCAAAGUUCUGGUAUUGAUGAGAAUCAAUUACGUGAAUACUGUGAAUCACGCUUAUCAUACCAUAUGGUUCCAUCAGUGUUUGUUAUACUCGAACAAUUGCCUUUGAAUGAGAACGGAAAAGUAGACCGAGAACUGUUACCAACACCUUCCUUAUCUGCGAUAACGAAUGCCGAUCAAUCUGAUUCAAUGCUAUUAACACCACUUGAAAAAGAUUUACAAUGUAUUUUUAGCGAAGUAUUUGAUGAUGAAUUACCUAAUCUAAAUAUGUCGUUUACAGAAAUGGGUGGAACCUCAUUGAAUGUACUACAUAUGAUCUAUCUUAUUCGUCAGCAACUUGGUAUUGAAAUUGAUGCUACUCUCGUAUUUAAUUAUCCAUCAAUUCGACAGCUUGCACAGGUAGUCAAGCCAUUACUGUCCUUAGACGAUGAGUCAUCAAUUAUAUCAAAGACCUCAGCAGCACCAGUAGAUCUGCCCGUAUCACUUUGA